AUGUUCUUCCCCUGGUAUCUCCGGGGUCAACUCUACACUUUUGGUGUGGUGUGUCUCUUAAUUUUUGUAAGCGGUGAGAAAGAAGAUGACAAAGAUUUAGUUGCAGUAGGCAGCGAUCUUAUAUUUUCAGCAUCUCAUCAUCACCAUCAUGGUCAUCAUGACGGUGGUCACGAAGAAUGGGAUCAUCACGAUUCACACUGGAAGAAAGGGCAUGAUGACCACGGAGACCAUGGACAUGGCCAUAAGCAUCACCACGACGAACAUGGACACUGGCAUAAGCACGGAGGCCACGGCCACCAUGAUAAAGGCCACCAUGGAUUCGAUAAGCAUGGAAUGCAUCAUAGUGGCCAUGAUCAUCAUGGGCACGAUCAUCAUGGAGGACACCAUCAUAAACAAUGGCAUGGACACGGAUCGCACGGACACAAACAUGGUGGGCAUAGUCACAAGGAUCGAGGCCACAAAAAACAUGGCUUUAAAAAUGUUUAUCAUAAAGAGGAACAUGGUGAUCAUAAAUCUUAUCACGACCACGAGCAUGGUGGACAUUUCCAUAAAAAUCAUAAAGAAGAUCACCACCAUCAUAAACAUCACGGUGAUAAAUAUCACAAACAUCACCAUGGUAAAAAGCAUCAUUCUGAUCACGAACAUGGCCACAAAUAUCACAAGCAUGGUCAUGGAGGACAUCACCAUCAUCACGGAGAUGACUGGAAAAAGGGAGGAAAACACCAUAAGGAACAUCACGAUCAUAAACAUCAUGGGGGACAUCAUCAUCAUGAUCAUCACGAACAUGGUGGUCACGGACACAAGCACCACGAACAUCAUCACGGACAUCACGGAGGCGGUGGCGGCGGCGGCGGCGGACAUGGACACCAUCAUGGUGGAGGCGGCGGAGGUGGCCAUCAUCAUCAUCAUCACCAUCAUUAA